AUGCCUCCUUCCUUCUACCUCCUCCUUCCUUCCUCCUGCCUCCUUCCUGCUGCCUCCUUUUUUCAAACUCCUUCCUUCUACCUCCUUUCUUCUACCUCCUUCCUUCUACCUCCUUUCCACUACCUCCUUCCUGCUGCCUCCUUCUUCCUUCCUCCUGCCUCCUUCCUGCUGCCUCCUCCCUCCUGCCUCCUUCCUGCUGCCUCCUUCUUCCUUCCUCCUGCCUCCUUCUUCCUUCCUCCUGCCUCCUUCCUGCUGCUUCCUUCUUGCUUCCAUCUACCUCCUUCCUGCUGCCUCCUUCCUUCUACCUCCUUUCUUGUACCUCCUUCCUGCUGCCUCCUUCUUCCUUCCUCCUGCCUCCUUCCUGCUGCCUCCUCCCUCCUGCCUCCUUCCUGCUGCCUCCUUCCUCCUGCCCCCUUCCUCCUACCUACUUCCUCCUGCCUCCUUCCUCCUGCCUCCUUCCUUCUACCUGAUUCCUUCUACCUCCCUCCUCCCUCCUCUGUUCCCUGUUCGCUGGAGCAGAGAUGA